GCUUGGACAAAAACAAAUAGACAAAAACAAUGUUGAUCUAGUAUUGUUUCAUAGUCAAAGACUACGCAUAAUUUACCCCUCCCCAAACGCACAGAGGUCCAGGUUAGCAUGUGACGUCACUGUACGCGUGGGACAUUGCUCUCUUCCCACCUCUCACUCGAGGAAUAGAAGUUGUCAGCCAGGAACGGGACGCGGCAGUCUCCCACUCCAUUUCUUCAGCUAUCGGCCUGCACUAUCCCUCCUGUAUGGUGGAUAUUAUAUUCAAUUCUUCUUUCUUGGGUGACAUGGGGGAUCAUUCCAAAAAGAAGUCUGGAAUCGCAAUGUGUGUGGGCUGUGGGAAUCAGAUCCACGACCAGUACAUCCUGCGGGUCGCCCCGGACCUGGAGUGGCAUGCUGCGUGUCUGAAGUGCGCGGAAUGCAGUCAGUACCUGGAUGAGACGUGCACUUGCUUCGUCCGAGAUGGCAAGACAUACUGCAAAAGAGAUUAUGUAAGAUUAUUUGGGAUUAAAUGUGCAAACUGUAACAUUGGCUUCUGCAGCAGCGAUCUAGUGAUGAGAGCUCGUGACAACGUGUACCACAUGGAGUGUUUUAGGUGCUCCGUGUGCAGCAGGCAUCUCCUGCCGGGGGAUGAGUUCUCUCUGCGGGACGAGGAGCUGCUGUGUCGAGCUGAUCAUGGUUUACUGAUGGAACAGGCCUCAGCGGGAAGUCCCCUCAGUCCGGGAAUUAUUCACUCCAGGUCUCUUCAUAUUGCAGAUCCUGUGUCUGUUCGACAGCCUCCUCAUCGGAACCACGUCCACAAGCAAUCUGAGAAGACCACUAGGGUGCGAACAGUAUUAAACGAGAAGCAGCUUCAUACCCUUCGGACCUGUUACAAUGCCAACCCAAGACCAGACGCACUUAUGAAAGAACAAUUGGUUGAGAUGACCGGUCUUAGCCCAAGGGUCAUCAGAGUUUGGUUCCAGAACAAACGUUGUAAAGACAAGAAGAGAUCGAUAUUCAUGAAGCAACUUCAACAACAGCAUCACAGUGAUAAAACGAAUCUUCAGGGACUGACGGGUACGCCUCUGGUGGCAGGCAGUCCAAUUCGACACGACAACACGGUCCAAGGGAACCCAGUAGAGGUGCAGACUUACCAGCCCCCAUGGAAGGCCCUGAGCGAGUUUGCCUUGCAGAGUGAUCUGGACCAGCCCGCCUUCCAGCAGUUGGUGUCUUUUUCUGAAUCGGGCUCCAUGGGUAACUCCUCCGGCAGUGAUGUGACCUCCCUGUCGUCGCAGUUGCCGGACACACCGAACAGCAUGGUAGCGAGUCCGGUGGACACGUGAGACCAGCCCAACAGGUCGCUUCGAACCCCAGCAUGCUCCCGCGUGUCCUGCAUGAGAACUGGCCAGCUCACAGCAUGGAUAGGAAAAAGAUUUUAUCUUAUUUAACGAACAAUAUCGUUGGAAUUGUCUACGAGGAUACCAUUUUUUUUCACGGAUGGACCUGUCCACAGCAUUGUUCAGGAUAAGAUGAAUUUCAAGGUACCAGUGUGCAAACCAAGGCCUAUAACUAAAGCAGCCUGAGCCUCGGAUCCUACAUGGUUGGACAUACGUGAGGAUUAUAUCUACAAACAUUACACUUUAUUAUGAGCCGCUAACUUAUAAUGAACAUAUCAGAACGUUAUCCAUAGUGGCCAACAGGGUCAUCAUUGUAGUUUCAUCUAAAUUUCCUAUGCUGGGUUGGGAUCAUAUGGAGCCCCAUGUCUGUAUAGAUGUGCAUGAUUUCUAGAGAUUAUGAAUAUCAAGUCUUGUAAAAUAUUGUAAUUAAGUGGAUGAGAUACAAAUUGUUUGAGCCUUUUAAGAAAAAGUAAGUUAUUAUUUAUUGUGAGGAAAGACAGGUAAUCUUAAUAAACCCAUAUUAAUUGUUUCAUGUUUAAUGAACUGCAUGCGAAAUCUCUGCAGUAAUUCAUUAAAAUAUUCACCGAAAUUUCAAUUGACAAAAUAAAUCACUUUAUGUAUUUAUGAAACGGCUAUUUCAGCACUUUAUGGUAGGUUUAGGCCUAAUUUAAAUUAUGUCACUUUUAGGAUGAAAAACGUCUGAGAUUUAUAAUAAACCAAUAUAAUCUCAAAUUAAUUUCGAACCACUCAAACGAAAUCACUGAUUUGAUGUCAGUUUAGAGGACACUAUUUCCGAAAAUGGCUAAGGUUGUUAGACCAAACCAAUUUGUAGGCUUGUCAAUUUAAUUGUAUUGGCAAUUCAAAAUGGAUAAAGGAGCAGCAUCAUAGCGGGUCAAAUUCAAGCAUUUGAGGCCUGUUAAUCACUACCGAGGACAAAUUGUUCAUUGAAUGGGCCUCCACAUAUGGAUUUGCGAUGUGAUCAUUCCAGUUUCACUUCACAAGUCUAGACAGAAGACAGGGCGAGGCGGCUCUUUAUCUAUGCUUGGCAUCACCUGCAAACGAUACAUUGAACGGAACCACAACAAACCCACUUCUCUGUCGCUGGAGUUAGUGCUAAAAGGGGACUCUCACCCUGAUAACGCUUUCUGGAGUGUCUUGGGUUUAUUUUCAUUUCAGCCGGAAUCCCGGAUAGGAAUAGCCUCUGGACAUGGAGUACGUCAAGCUUGCCCACGACUGACAUAUAGCCAACUAGACAUCAACAAUUUAUUUUCGAGGAUGAACUUUCUGAACAGAGGAUGCAAUAGCAGUCUAAUCUAUAUGCAUCACGACAUGAAACAGCAAUUGAAAGAAACAUCGUAGGCCUCUCUAUGUGACGUCUGGCAUCAAAUCAAAAAGCCAUUAAGUCUAUACUCUAUCUUGCUAUGUCAAUUAUGUCAAUAAUUGCUAUGCAUCCAGUAGCCUACUGACCAAUAAAUCCAGGUUUCCUGCCAUUAUACUACACCUAAUUAUUCGUCUGGAAAUAUUUCAUUAUCGUGGAUAAAAACUCAGAUAUUUUAGAAACAAAGCAUAUAGCGUGUUUGAGAUACAGACCGAAUCAAAUUAAUCGCAAUUUAAACAUUAUUUAGGCCUAAUACACAUUCAUAAUUGACUUUAGACAUGUUUUGCGUAUUUUUUAUUUUUAUUUAGCGUAUAAAAGGCAAUGUCUUGAAUAAAGUUUUAAAAAAGGAGUCACACAGAAAAUAGCUUCCCUUUUAUCAGAUAAUUAUAUAGGUAGUUUACAAAUCUACAGCCCACAAUCAUCCAUCUAAAUAGGCUAGAUGUAUCUGAUACACAUCAUUAGCCCAAAGAAAAGCAUCAUUCAUCCACUGUUGGGCCACGGAUGCGCCCUGAGCUGCGGAAUGAAAAUAGAUAGCCUACUGUAAUUUCCUCAUGCGCUAACAAAUGAUUGGAAUUUAAUGGACACAGUUCCCAUACUAAAGUCACCAGUUGUCCUAAACUCUGGACUCAACGCAUAUAACAUGCUGUGUAAUUAAUUAGGCUACUCUACAGGUUGAUGCAUAAACAAUUGGGGUAUAAUUUUUAAGCACCUGGUAGGCACCCAACCUAUUGUAGACAGGGGCAGAUUAAGUCAUUUGGAAGACACCCCCCCGCCCGCCCAGAGCCACCUCAAGCAUUUGUGGGCCCUAAGAGAGAUUGAAGGUCGGGGUUCCCCAAAAUGCGCCCUUCGUGCCCUGUCAGUAAUUCAGCCAUGAUUACAAUGUUUAGAUCGCUGGCUAGACCAAUUUACCUAGCAAGCUAUAAAAUGUUAGCUGACAUGGGCUAAUUGAGUGACUGUCAGUGAAUGGUGAGAAAAACUGUAACCUUAAGUAUUCUACUAUUCUAACUCCCAACGGUAAAUUGAGACCCGACUGAGUAAUUUUUUUUAUACACGAGGCCCAUAAGCAAUUGACUAAAUGGUAAGUCCGCAACUGACCGUAGUAAUAACACUUGCAGGUGAAUUUCAGAACUUUGCCUGAGAGCAUACGUUUACCACAGAAUCCAAACUGCAUGAGUAAUGUUUUUGAGAGUUUUACAGAUUUACUAUCCCUUAGUAUGAGAGACCUCUUCAGUUUAGAUAAAAGUUGAAGAGAUGCUUGGCAUGUAAGAAAUGCUCAACAGCAGUUACAAUGAACACUUGGUAACAUUGUGAGAACAUACCCUGCCCUGUACAGGCUUGCAUACAAACACUGAAAAUGAUUCUUACAUUGUGCAUUGUUUAUAUGAAAGGUGUAUUUCUAAAAAACGAUCCACUGGUAAGUCUCCUUGUUGGGAGCUAUGAAAUAUAGUGCUGAAAGUCUAUACAGCCUUGCACUGUUCUCACAUUUCUAAGCCUUAAAUUUAAAUCUAAAAAUGGAUUCAAUUAGGAUUUCCCCCCACUGAAAUAAACAACCUAAUCAACAUUUUCAGAGUAAAAUAUAUAUUUUUAGAAUUUUUCUUAAAGUAAUAAAAAACAACGUUUUGAUUUUGAAGGUCUUCACACCCCCAGCUGUCGCACAUAGAAAUAAGUUCAGCAGAAAAUAUUUUAAUUUAAAAAAUAUUUUAAAAAUUGUUCAAGGAGGGCCAUGUGUUUGCAAAAGUGGUUCUCAUGAUAUAAGAACAACUUCCCUUGUGUCUGUAUGGUGCCUCAAUUGGAGGGUGAAUGUCAAACAAUGAUUCAAGCCACCAAUGAGCUUUAAAAGCAUGUCUGAGAUACAUUUUCAGACAGGCAUAGAUCAGGGGAGGUUCUGCAAUAAUCCCAAGACACUGAAUAUCCCUUUGUGUAAGGUCAAGUAUGGUAAUUCUUCUGUGGAUGGUGUAUCAUAUCACCCAGACACCGCAAAGUUCUGGACAUCCUUCCUAACGGAUUUGCGAGAAUGGAAACUGCUCAGCAAAUAUGACGCACUCCAGGCUAAUUUUCAGCUAAUUUAUCACCCGAUUUAGUUAACAAAAAGGCACAGGUGCUUCUGUAUGGCUCAGUUGGUAGAGCAUGGCGCUUGUAACGCUAGGGCUGUGGGUUUGAUUCCCAUGGGGGAGCAGUACGAAACUGUAUACACACUAGUGUAAGUAUGGCAGAAGUGUGUAGGGAUCUUUCCUCUUCUGUUGUUCCCGCAAGCAAGGGGGGAGGCCAAUGACAUCACUAUAAGACCAACUCGUUGAAGUUUGCAGUUGUGUAAAAACUAUUUUGGUAUAUCCUUAGACAUCCUCCUGCAAUUUAUUAACUUUUACUGUUGAAAAGCGAUAUCCCAAUUAUAAACACUAUAAAUACAGUAAAGUAUAAAUACAGUAAAAAAAAGUGUUUUUUAGACAACUGGAAACACUCAAGGAUUUGGUCUGAUGUGAAUCCAUGAUGUCAUCGACUUCCCCCCUUGCUUUCGGAACAAUUGAGGACAAAAGUGGAAAGGCCCAACCCCCACUUGUGCCAUGUCAUGAUUUACCUGAACCACCUAAUGAGAUGUCCCUUUUGGAAAUAAGGUGUUAAAUGAGGUGAAAAGGAGACUGCAAUGCCAUUUUAAGUGUGUGUAUAUUAUUGUAUUUACAGUGCAUUCGGAAAGUAUUUAGACCCCUUGACGUUUUCCACAUUGUGUUACAGCCGGAAUUCAAUGUUCUUUUUCUUCUCACCUAUCUACACACAAUAAUGACAAAGAGAAAACAUGUAAGUAGAAAUGUUUGCACAUUUAUUGAAAAUUAAAUACAGAAAUAUCUAAUUUCUCAUAUCUCACAAUAAACCAUAUUGACAAAGCAAAAAAAGUU